AGUCCACUGCUAAUAGGCUGUUGUUUCUUCUUUCUCGCCCAUGAUUCCCUUAUCGACUUUCUUGUGACGCUUGGUUGCUUCUUCCGACGUCGGUCACCAAAGAUCAUUAGUUUCGACUUUCGAGUUAAAUGGGAUCAUGAACUUGGGCCUUUGGAAACUCAAGCCAGAUGGGCUAUUUCUCAAGUGCUCUCUCCAUUACUCACUGGGCCUGAUAAUGUAAUGGGCCUGUUUCCCCGGGGGCCUUCUGAGAGGAAUGAAAUUCCAUCCUCUCCUUCAGCCUGCCCUGCCCGGUGGCGGCGGGAGUCGAUCUGCAAAACAAGGGGAAAACUGUUUGACACCAAGAAAGGAGAAAGGAGCGCCGUCGUCACACUGCUUUCGCACAGGCGUCGCAGCCACACCAGGAGAGAUUGCAAUUGAGUCAUUCUCCGAUUCUCAGAACCCAUGGAUCGAUUUGUGUUCACGCGUCGUGGCUGGAAAUAGCAUUCCUGCGGUGAAAUUUGUUGACAUUUAGGGAUUGCAGACCACCUGCUCGAUAAAAGGCGCAACCCAGCGGAAACGGAUUGGCAACACUCGAUGGCGGCGAAGGCACUGUUUAAAUGGUCGAACAAAAUCACUACAUCACAAGUCGAGCAACUGAUACGAGCAGAGAAGGACGUCCAGAAGGCCCUGCGGGUAUUCGACUCCGCCACCGCCGAGUACAGCAAUGGGUACAAGCACGACCGCUCCACGUUUCACAUCAUGAUCUCCAAGUUACUCUCCGCGAAUCAAUUCAAGCCGGCGGAGGAGAUGCUGAACAGAAUGAAGGUGGAGAAGUGUCGAAUCACGGAAGACAUUUUUCUGUCUAUUUGCAUAGCAUAUGGUCGGGUUCACAGGCCAGAGGAAGCCAUCAGGGUUUUCCGUGCGAUGGACGGAUUUGAUUGCAAGCCGACGGAGAGGUCCUUCGUCACUGUGCUCUCGGUCCUCGUCGACGAGGGCCGGGUGAAGCAGGCCAUUAGCUUUUAUCAGUAUAUGAGGGAAAUGGGCAUUCCACCUAGUUUAGUUACACUCAACAUUUUGAUUAAAGCUCUUUGCAAGAACAUUGAUACCGUAGACGCUGCUGUGAAGAUAUUCCGUGAGAUGCCGGGUCGUGGUUGUGUUCCUGAUUUGUAUACUUAUGGCACAAUGAUUAAUGGGUUAUGUAGGUUUGAUCGGAUACCUGAAGCAAAGGAAUUGUUCCAAGAGAUGGAGGAAAAAGGUUGCUCACCUUCUGUUGUCACCUAUACUUGUUUGAUAAGGGGUUUGUGUCAGUCUGAGAAGGUAGACGAGGCCAUGGGAUUGUUUGAGAGGAUGAAGACCAAUAAUGUUGAGCCAAAUGUGUUUACCUACAGUUCUCUAAUGGAUGGUCUUUGUAAGAAUGGCAGAUCAAAGCAAGCCUUGGAGUUACUGCACUUGAUGGUUAGGAAACGUGUUAAGCCUAAUACGAUAACUUAUACCACAUUGAUUACUGGGCUCUGCAAGGAAGGGAAGGUUUUAGAAGCUGUGGCGAUUCUUGACAGAAUGAAGCUUCAGGAGUUGAAACCAGAUGCAGGACUUUAUGGGAAGGUUAUCACUGAGUUAUGUGGUUUGAAAAGGUUUCAGGAGGCUGCAAACUUCCUUGAUGAGAUGGUCCUUGGACGAAUAACACCAAGCCGACUUACCUGGAGCCUUCACAUUAAGAUAAAUAAUAUGGUAGUGAAAGGCCUUUGUGCAGAUGGUGACCUAAAUCGAGCAUUUAGGUUGUACUUAAGUAUGAGGACCAGAGGAAUAUCAGUUGAAGUUGAGACUUCUCACGAGCUUGUCAAGUUUUGCUGUGAGAAAGGAGAUUUGCAAAAAGCCGAUCGCAUUGCAGAUGAUAUGGCAACUGAUGGUUGUGCUCCUGAUGAAGGGUUGUGGAACACACUGGUGGGUAGAUUCUGGGAUCAGAGAAAGGCACGUGCAGCUUUUGAGUCGGUAUUGAAUGAUCAGAUGGUUUAUUGUUAUGAUUAGCUUUGAUCCAGGGUCUUGAUCUGUGUUGUUCUACACCUUCUCAAGCACCCAUUGCAAGGAGGUACAGUUCCUGGGCAGUACAAGGUUUUCCUCACACUUCUAUUAUCCUUACUCUAAAUCAAUUUCUUUUUGUUCGUUUUACCUACUCCAGAAUGAUUGUGUGCUGUUGUCCUCGCAUUUUCCUUACCAGUAAUUGUACUACUGCUCGGUGCUCGCCAUUUUCUUAUGCUUGUUUGAUGCAUAGUCUAGUAAUGCAUAUAUGUGCCUUCCCCACUACGCUUGUGAAACUAUAUUAGGUGCAUUAUAUACCAUGGUCUCCUUGGUCAAUAAAUGAACACAAAGUCGUCAACUUUAUAUUGCUAAUAUAGUGAUUAACUUGCAGGUGGCAUGCUAUGUUUGAUAUAUCCUCUAAAGAGAGCUAAAACAAGAAUAGUACUACAAAUAUUUGAUGGAUAACUUCUAUGUGGAAGACUUAUUUUUAUACCAUAUAUCAGAGAGGGGAUAUCCAAUCCCAUGUUGUUUGGUAGGGAAUACUGCAAACAAGGCACUGCAGAUACCAUGAAUUAAAAUCGGCAAUGCUAUGAGCAGCUUCUGGAUUUGAGAUGAGGGUGCUGGGAAGAAGCACGUCACCGUGUUCUUAUCAAAUAGCACAACCACCACAAACACAAGCACAGAAAGGAAGCAAUGCUCAAAAUCCAUCAACUGCAUUCUGUACCUCUCCACGAAUCCCGGUGGGAUGUUUGCCGGAGUGUCAAUGAUCCAAAUGCCCCUGAAAGUGACGAUCCCAUGACAAACCUUACCACUCUUGUCACUGAAGCUGUCAGUAAAACACAGCAGAAAACAUGACAACCCACAGACUGCCACAAGAAUGGCGGUCAAUUACAUUCCACUGGAGUCACAGUUACCUUCUCCUGUGACGAUGGGCGACAGAAGUUGGAAUGCAAGAACUGUCCCUGUUGGUAAGUGCCUUGCCAGGCCAUGUGUUGUCUGAAAUGCCUUGCUUAUGACUUUGUGAGUCAAUGUUUUCUGCAGAGACUUUGGAGCAGAUGCAUUGUCGUAAGAGGGGAAGUUCGUUGUCAUUGUUUUACUAUAAGAGCUCUUCCCUUCAUCUAUACUCCUCGUAAGUGAAAACUUUAGAUUGGUUCUCUCUCUGGCUCAUGGUAGCACCUCUUCAUAGGCAUAUGAGCUGCAGAAGUGGAACUUUAGUAAAGGGAAAAGUCAUUAGCAUGUGGAGAUGAGGGUGACUUCAUAAGAAAUAGACAUUUUGAUUAGGGGAAAUUAGUUACUACCUGAAUUCUGUGAUCAUAAUUUGGUAUGACUGAUUAAUUUUACCUGUAAAAGAAGUUUUUUCGGGUUUUGGGUGCCUAUUCCAAUUACUUUACGUUGUUCAUGGGAAGAGUUUAAGCUAGUUUUAGAGCAACCUUGCGGAUGAAGAGGAAACGUGGGGAGUUCUUCUGUUAACAAACUCCUGGGGUCUUUGCGUGGAGUUUAAUUUUGUUAGCUCCACAUAUGCUCGUCAAUAGUGUAUGAACUCAUCCCUAUUGUUUCCAGUUUAGGCAGGAGACCCCUAACGUGCUAUUACUUAUCGCUCAUCGUGGUAGUGUAGGAUGACUUCAUUCUCGACCAUGGUUUUGCAGUCGUUGAUUGAGAGUUCCCAAACUUUUGGUCCAUGGGAUUGACUUUCUUUCAAGAGAAUGUGCUAAGGACUGAUUAAAUAUUGAUUCUUGUA